AAUAAUGGUGAUUGUAAACCCAUACUUUUCCAGCCUGUUCUCCUUAUGUGAUUCUGCCCUUAGGUAAAGUAGACACAAUAGUUCAGAAACUUUAACUAAGUGAAUUACACAAUCGUCAUUCUUAUUAAUAUUCGAAUAUAAUGGUAAAAAACAAAAUUGCUUUUCCCCGUCUGUACGCUAAGUUCUUUUUUACACAGAGUCAUUCAAGGGGAAAGUAGAUUUAUAUGUAUAAUACAAAACCAAUAGGACCACUCGAAGUCACUGAGUUAAAACUAGUUUGAAAUAAAAUAGAAACUGAUUCUAAUAAAAAAUAUGAAAAUUGGUAAAUAUCAAGAAAUUUCCCAUUUAAUUAAAUACUUCGUGUAGCUUAUUAAAUACACCUGCCGUUUAAUAAUCAGUGUUCAAGAGAUGUUUCUUGAAUUUUAUUUUUACUUUUAAGUUGAUUUAUUUUAUUUAACAUAUUUUUUUAUUUGCUACUUUUUAAAACCAAUUUUGAAAUAAAAUCAGUGAGUGUUAUGAAAUAGACAAAAUGGCAUAGCACCUCUUACGAUCUAAUGACGUUAAAUAUAUAUAUGGAAUGGAAAUAUUGAACAUUUUGAACUGAAAAAACUACUUAAAAUAAAUAUAUUUUCAUUGAUCUUCUCAUUUUCUAUCAUCAAAUUUGAAAAACAUAAACGUUGGUAAAUAGGUAUUUAUAUAGGAUUGAAAAUUAGAUAAUUGAUGACUUUACAUUGAAUAAAUCAGCAAAACAAACUGUAGACCUGGUAAAAAUACAAUAAAUUUUUAUAGUUCUUAUUUACAGCAUCAUAAAGUUCAAUAUCACCGCUAAUAGAAUCAACAAAUGAUUAAUACGUUUCACAUGUUAAUGUUAUGCUACAGUUCAAAGAUUAUCUGUAACUUAUUCAAGGAAACUUGUAUGACAAAAUCUAUUCGGUACAAUGUUUGUGUUCGGACGGCACGUAUUUUCGUUUACUAUUUUGAUCGGGCUGUGUAGUCAAACCUUUUCUACACAACUACUACUGCACAAAAAUGGCAAACAAUCUUUAAAAGUUAAGUUUGAUGAUACAAUCGAGAAACCCGAAGAUUUGAAUUCAAAUGACGAUAGCAACGUUAAAAAGACACCAGAAAAUGAUAACGCAUUGGAGUUAUGGAAAUUACGAGGUCUCAAAUAUUCAACAGAUGGCGAACAAGCAAUAAGUGCAAAACACCGUGUGAUAAGAGAUGUGUAUACGACACCGUCACAUAUAUAUCCGAAUCUACCGAACCCGUAUUAUAAUAAUUAUCCAUCAAAUCCUAGUUCUCCUUAUAACAAUGGUGCAGUGAAUAAGCAACAGUGGCAACAUUUACCUAACAAUACACACUCGAGUACUCCCUACAAUGGAUACAAUCCAGUUCAUCCCAACACAAACUACCCUUCGUAUCCAGGUAAUACACAAACAUACCCGUCAAAUCCACCAUCAAAUUAUCCAUACCAACAAACCAAUUAUUAUGGGCAAAAUAAUAACACCAGACCUCAAUAUCCAUCACAAACCUCACGUCCUUACGGAAAUCAGCAAUAUAGUACACCUAAUUACCACACCACUCCAAGAACCACUCAAUACCCUUCACAUAAUUAUGUAUCGCCAUAUCCUUCUCCUGAUCAAUAUCCAAAAUACAAUAAUGGCACUCCGAGGCCUAGUUAUCCUUCCUAUACACCUCAUAAUCAACCCACUCACUACCCAUCCUCAAACCACACGUAUUUUUCUUAUCAACCAACUUACAACUCAUCAAGGCCAGCACCCCAUAAUUACAAUCAAUAUCCACAAAAUCAACCUUAUGGCCAACAAAAUAGUUUUAAUCCUAACUAUCCCAAUAACAAUCCGAUUCCUAAUCAAGGUACACCAAGUUAUCAUAAUUAUUCAAAUAAUCCAACCUACAAUCCGAACCAAGGCUCUACUAACUACCAACCAUAUGGACAACAGAAUUAUCCAGGGCAUAACCCUCAAGCAAAUCAAGGUCAAUCUAAUUACCCUGGUUACAACUCAAAUUAUUAUAAUCCAACGCCGUCGGACCCAAAUCAUUCUCCUGGUUAUUCGCCCAACACAUAUAACUCAAACAUUCCGAAUCGUCCCCCAAGUUCUUCGGACAAUCAUUUCCAUUAUCCGAAUAAUAAUAACAUGGGACCAAGUUAUGAUCCACGCAAGAACCCUCCUCAGAAUUUUUCAUACUAAGGCAUUUGAUAAUUUUAUGUACUCGUAAGUUUAUCUAAUAGGGCAAGGUUAAAUAGUAUUGUAUAAUGAAUGAUAAAUAUAAUGUUUUCCAAUUCAAUGGACUGUUAUUUUACUAAUAUAAUAUCUUUCAAGCAUAACUUGAAGUAUAAAAAUAAUAUACUUGUCUAUAAUUAGAAAUAAAUAAAUUGAUAAUGAAAUCUUCAAUCCCUCCAAUCCGCAUUGGGCCAGCGCGGAGGGUCAUGGCCCAUCCUCCUUAACCAUCCAUAAGGAAGGCCUGAGCCCCUGCAGUGGGGA